GGGGAUAGACAUAGUUAGAGCCGCUGUCCCUGCGUUAUAUCUGAACCAACCCUCCAUCUCCUUCACUAGCCUUCUCUACCACCCUCACUCGCGAGCUCGGCUCAGCUCAGCUCACCUCGCACCCAGAUCCCAAUGCACCAACCAGCCAUAAUGCAGCGGGCUCUCGCCGUCGUCGCCCUCCUCGCCGCCGCAGCCGCCAUCGCCGCCGCCCAGGGGGAGUCGCCGGAGUUGCUGCCGUUCGCGGUGGGGGCGGCGCCGGAGGGGUGCGACGUCGGGGAAGGGGAGUGGGUGUUCGACGAGGCGGCGCGGCCGUGGUACGCCGAGGAGGAGUGCCCCUACAUCCAGCCCGACCUCACCUGCCAGGCUCACGGCCGCCCCGACGCCGCCUACCAGCGCUGGCGCUGGCAGCCGCGCGACUGCUCCCUCCCAAGCUUCAACGCGACGGGGAUGCUGGAGAUGCUGCGGGGGAAGCGGAUGCUGUUCGUCGGGGACUCGCUGCUCCGGGGGCAGUACACGUCGCUGCUCUGCCUCCUCCACCGCGGCGCUCCCGGCGGCGGCGGCGGGUCCAGAUCCUUCGAGACGGUGGAUUCGCUCAGUAUCUUCAGGGCCAAGGACUACGACGCCACCAUCGAGUUCUACUGGGCGCCCAUGCUCGCCGAGUCCAACUCCGACGGCGCCGCCGUCCCCGACGACCGCCUCAUCCGCGGCGCCCCCAUGAACAAGCACUCCUCCUUCUGGAAGGGCGCCGACGUCCUCGUCUUCAACUCCUACCUCUGGUGGAUGACCGGCGACAAGAUCCAGAUCCUGAGAGGCGCGGACGAGGACAUGAGCAAGGACAUCGUGGAGAUGGAGGCGGCGGAGGCGUACAGGCUGGUGCUGCACCAGGUGACGCGGUGGCUGGAGGGCAACGUGGACCCCAAGAGCGCGCGGGUGUUCUUCGUCACGGCGUCGCCGUCGCACGCCGGCGCCGGCGGCGAGUGCUACGACCAGACGACGCCGGUGGGCGCGGCCGACGCGGCGUCGUACUGCGGGAGCACGAGCCGGCGGAUGGUGCAGGUCGCCGGCGAGGUGCUGGGGGCAUCGCGGGUGCCCGUCGGGGUGGUGAACGUCACCCGGAUGUCGGAGCUCCGCCGCGACGCGCACACGCAGGUGUACAGGGAGCAGCGGUGGGCGAAGCCGACGGCGGAGCAGCUCGCCGCCGACCCGAGGAGCUACGCCGACUGCACCCACUGGUGCCUCCCCGGCGUCCCCGACGCGUGGAACGAGCUGCUCUACUGGAAGCUCUUCUUCCCCGCGCGCGACGAGGCGAUCUGACCUCAUGACGUCACGCCGCCGCCAUCGUCGUCGUCGUCGUCGUCACUAAUCGGUGUAAUCUGCUCCGUUCCCGCCAUUUCUUUUCUUGGCGAUCGAUGUAAUCAAAUCUCUCUAUACUUGCUCCUCUUCUCUCCUCUUCUCUUUUUGAACGAAGUGAAAAUACAGAAGCUAGCAUUAUUUGCUUGCAUGUGUACAAAAUCCACGAUCUUGCAUCAAGAUUAACUAAUGUGAUCACCAAUUCAGGAUCACUCUGUUGAGCAAGAACCUGGAGUUGCACAGA